AACAAUCACUUCGCUCUUUCCUGCUAUGAACGAAACCGCAGCCGCCGCUCUAUCCCGCAUAGCCCAUGCCGCCCUCAAGAAGACUAAGAAGAUGGACUUCUCCCAGGACGAGGGGUCCAGCCCAGAGUCCCCGGAUGGCGAAGGGACUCCGCCCCAUCACAAGCAGAAGUUCGAGAUCCUCGCCAGGGCUCUGCAGGUGUCCGUGUCUAAAAGGACCAACGAGACACGACAAGUACCUAACGAUCGGGUUAUGUAUGCCCGAAAUCAGCAGAGGUCGUCCGGCCGUGUGGCGGUGGUGGGGGGAGAGCCUAUAAAUGAGGAGAUGGCAGUGGCACUACGCACCGUGGUGUUUGGCACAGCAGUGGCUCCACCACGAGGAGAAUGGCUUCGGACUGGGUUCUCCUUCAGGGAGCCUGACAAGGAGCUGGCCUACGGACUAAAGGGAUCUCGAAACAGCACCAGAGGCUUACUGUCCGCCGUGCAAGCUGAGAUAAUCAAAAUUCUACUCUUUGAGAAGCGGAUUGAGAACGCAAACUCUGUUGAGAUGUUUCUCAAGCCCAACAGGUCGAGACAGCUGGAGGCUUUAAUCAAGGCAAUGAGCGACAUUCUAUGGAGAGUGGGAGAGAAGACUAAGGCUAUAAUAUGUCUGCCCCAGGACACAGCACUCGUGCCUCACUCUGUCAACUUCUUCCAGGACACACUCACAGAGAAGCUUCAUCUGUUUGAAAUUACUAAUCUGGAAGAUCUUCAGAUUUUCCUUAAACGCUACAUUCAUUUUUUCCUAGAAGAGACUGGUCCAGGAGCCUUGCUGCUUCUGUACAGCGCAGUGGCAACUCGAGGAACUAGCAAUUGUCAGAAGGACAUGGAGGUGGAGAAGGCAUAUUUGGUGACAGGAGCGGAGGAAGGAUCCAUGUGUAUUGUGACUUUACUGUUGACUGGACGAGCCACUCCCUACCUACACAACGGUGUUGUCUACGUUGGUGAUGAGGAGCACUAUGCAGUCCCUCAGUACGGUAUACUGUCCCGAAGCGAGAUCGGGUUCCUGUUCUACGAAGAAGGAGUAGAGGAGAGGAUGCCAGGAUCUCGACUGAAGACUCCUUCUCUACCAAUCUGGGUGGUUUGUAGUCAAGGUCAUUUCGGGGUCAUGUUUAACACCAAUAGAGAACUACUAAGGAACUACCAUGCAGAGAGGAGGUUUGAGCUGCACUACUACACCUGUGGAGGCAGUCAGUGUCAGAUGACUGUGGACACUCGUCAAGAAGAGCCUCAAGUCAAUCAUCACACAGAACAGGAACAAGCAGCCAUCAACUCCUUCAGUAACAUAGAGAAACUCAUCCACACCAAAUGGCAGGAUGCAAGGAUACAGUGGCAUGGAAUGUCAGGGUUUAUCUGAAAAACUGGAUACCAGCUCAUCUCAUACAUUGGAUCUAGACUAGAUCAGCUGUUAUUUUUAGUUUUAAACACUCCAUACAGUAAUGACAUGAACCAUUUGCAAUAUUAAUAUACUAAUAGCGGAUAAUGAAUUUUAUGUUAUACACCAAACAAAACAUGCACAACACACUCGAGUACCUAUCCAAAAGUUUAAGUACAAACAGUUUUAAGUAAACUUAGCUAUAAAACAAAGUAAUAUACUAAAAUGUGCAAUACUUUAAACAUUGUUAAGUGUAUGAUUGUAAAUAUGUGAAGAUUCUGGGGGAAUGUUGAUUAGGGGAUUUUCAAUCCAGGGUAGAUGUUGUUAUAUGAAUGUAUGUAGUGAAUUAAAGGAAAUAAAUGUUAUUAUAAAAUAA